UUCGGGGACAGUUCCGGUAGCCGUGAAACUCCGGGUGGGCAUCCCUACCCGGGAACCCCCACCCGCGCGGGUUCCCUGCACGCCUCCCGGCACCGAAGCCCUUCCCAACACGUGCCUGCCCUCCGAGGGCCUUGGGGCCCCAGGCGGAGCUGACGGUCCCCAGACUCGUGCCGGGUCACGAUGCUCAUGAGAAAAGUGCCGGGCUUCGUCCCGGCCUCCCCGUGGGGGCUGCGGCUGCCGCAGAAAUUCCUCUUCCUCCUCUUCCUCUCUGGCCUGGUCACCCUGUGCUUCGGGGCCCUCUUCCUGCUGCCCCACUCCUCUCGCCUCAAGCGCCUCUUUCUGGCCCCCCGGGCCCAGAAGCCCGGCUUGGAGUUGGUGGCUGAAGUAGGCGGACGCUCUCCGCCCGGUAAACGGGAGCCGCCUCCCAACCCGGCCCUGGCUGAGCCGGCCCUGGGCGCCCGCCACCACCGGGUCAGUCCCCGACGCAAGGAGUGGAUGCGGCGCGCCCAGCACCUCAAGGAGUGGAUACCGCGCGCUCACCCCACCGAGGAGCACAUCCCCACCACGGCCUCGAGCUCCUUGCUCAGAUUUGAUUUCGAAGCGUUCCAGAGACGCCUCCGCCACCCGGUCCUUGGAACGAGGGCUGAGAGUACAGAGCCACAGAGCCCAGUUCGAGCCCAGCGGGAGAAAAUCAAGGAGAUGAUGCAGUUCGCCUGGGCCAACUACCGGCGCUACGCCAUGGGCAAGAACGAGCUCCGGCCGCUCAGCAAGGACGGCUACCAGGGCCACAUAUUCGGCGGCCUCAAYGGGGCGACCAUCAUCGACUCCCUCGACACCCUCUACCUCAUGGAGUUGAAGGAGGAGUUCCAGGAGGCCAAGGCCUGGGUGGAAAACUACUUCCACCUGAACGUGACCGGGGAGGCGUCCUUGUUCGAGGUGAACAUUCGCUACAUCGGAGGGCUGCUCUCGGCCUUCUACCUGACAGGGGAAGAGGUGUUCCGCAGCAAGGCCAUCCAGCUCGGGGAGAAGCUGCUGCCGGCCUUCAAYACCCCCACGGGGAUCCCCAAGAGCGUCGUGAACUUCAAAAGGGGGAACUGGGGCUGGGCCUCCACGGGCGGCAGCAGCAUCCUGGCCGAGUGUGGGUCUCUGCAUCUCGAGUUCCUGCACCUCACCGAGCUCUCUGGCAACCAGAUCUUCGCAGAAAAGGUCAGGAAGAUCCGCCGGGUGCUCAGGGAGAUGAAGAAGCCCUACGGCCUCUACCCCAACUUCCUCAGCCCCGUGACCGGGAACUGGGAGCAACACCACGUCUCCAUCGGAGGACUGGGGGACAGUUUUUAUGAAUAUUUGAUCAAAUCCUGGCUGAUGUCUGCCAAGACCGACACGGAGGCCAAAGCCAUGUACUACGAGGCCCUGGAGGCCAUAGAGAUGUACUUGCUGAAUGUCUCUCCCGGGGGGCUGACCUACAUCGCCGAGUGGCGAGGGGGGAUUCUGGACCACAAGAUGGGGCACCUGGCCUGCUUCUCGGGGGGCAUGAUCGCCCUCGGCGCUGAGGAUGCCAAGGAAGAAAAGAGGGCCCACUACCAAGAGCUCGCAGCCCAGAUCACCAGGACGUGCCACGAGUCCUACGCCCGCUCAGACACCAAGCUGGGGCCCGAGGCCUUCUGGUUCAACUCCAACAAGGAGGCGGAGGCCACGCACGAGGGCGAGAGCUACUACAUCCUGCGGCCCGAGGUGGUGGAGAGCUACAUGUACCUGUGGCGGCUCACGCACGACCCCAUCUACCGGGAGUGGGGCUGGGAGGUGGUGACGGCGCUGGAGCGGUACUGCCGGACCCAGGCGGGCUUCUCGGGGAUCCACAACGUCUACAGCACGGCCCCCCGCCACGACAACAAGCAGCAGAGCUUCUUCCUGGCCGAGACGCUCAAAUACCUCUAUCUCCUGUUCUCCGAGGACGACACGCUGUCCCUGGAAGACUGGGUGUUCAACACYGAGGCCCACCCGCUGCCCGUGAACCACUCGGACAGCUCCGGCAGCACCCGGCGCCCAUACUGACCGUCCCCACCGCUCUGGGCGCUCAGCGAUGCCUGGCCUCUCGGGGACCCAGGGGACCCGGGACUGCUCCCCCAGGGACGGGGAACG